GUGCUAGACAGUAGGUCCUUAUUAGUUAUCUAGUGUGUAUAUGUCAGUCCCAAUCUCUCAGUUUAUCCCUGCCCCCUCCUCUCCCCCUUGGUAACUGUAAGUAAAGUGGCCACUCUGAUUCAGUUCUGCAUAAUGCAGAGCUUCCCUCUGCCCCAGUUUUCUGCUCCCCUAACAUCCAGGAAUGUCCAUGUCAAAGGUAUAUCAUAUCUGUGUAUUUUUUUCCUUUUUUGAUUUCUCCAUGGUUUUGCAGCAGAAACACACACGGGAAUAUGGAAAAAUCUUCAAGUCUCACUUUGGUCCUCAGUUUGUAGUAUCUGUUGCAGACCGAGACCUGGUGGCUCAGGUGCUCCGGGCAGAGGGAGCCGUGCCCCAGAGAGCCAACAUGGGGUCCUGGCAGGAGUACCGAGACUUACGGGGCAGAUCCACCGGGCUCAUCUCCGCUGUCUGUCCUGUCUUCAUCCCAUUUGGACUGGCAGAUCUUGUUGACUCUUUAUUGCUGGGAAAUUUUUGCAGAGAUACUCUGAAUUCCUUCCUAGAAUAUCACUAUAAGUAAGAUUAUUUGGAAUUCACUUUAUUCUAGGGAGGGUGAACAGUGGCUCAAGAUGAGAAGUGUGUUGAGACAAAGAAUUCUGAAACCGAAAGAUGUGGCCAUUUUUGCAGGAGAAAUCAACCAAGUUAUUGCUGAUUUAAUUAAAAGAAUCUACUUCCUCAAGAGCCAGGCAGAAGAUGGGGAGACUGUGACCAACAUCAAUGACCUUUUCUUCAAAUAUUCAAUGGAAGGAGUGGCCACCAUUCUUUACGAGAGCCGUCUGGGCUGCCUGGAGAACAGCGUCCCGCAGGCGACGAUGGACUACAUCGAGGCCCUGGAGCUCAUGUUCUGCACGUUCAAGACGUCCAUGUACGCCGGUGCCAUCCCUAGGUGGCUCCGCCCGCUCAUCCCCAAACCCUGGCGGGAAUUCUGCAGGUCCUGGGAUGGACUCUUCAAAUUCAGCCAAAUUCACGUUGACAACAAGCUGAGGGACAUACAGUGCCAAAUGGACCGAGGGGAGAGAGCGAGAGGGGGCCUGCUCACGUACCUCUUCCUCAGCCAGGAGCUGACACGGGAGGAAAUCUACGCCAACAUGACCGAGAUGCUGCUGGCUGGCGUGGACACGACAUCGUUCACGUUGUCCUGGGCAGUGUAUCUCCUCGCGAGGCACCCGGAAGUGCAGCAGACCCUGUACCGGGAGAUAGUGAGGAAUUUGGGGGAAAGGCAUGUUCCCACGGCUGCAGACGUCCCCAAAGUCCCACUGGUCCGAGCUCUGCUUAAGGAAACCUUGAGGCUGUUUCCAGUGCUGCCGGGGAAUGGCCGGGUCACCCAGGAAGACCUGGUUGUUGGCGGGUAUCUGAUUCCCAGAGGCACCCAGCUGGCCCUCUGCCACUAUGCCACCUCCUACGAGGAUGAGAACUUCCCUCGGGCCAAGGAGUUCCGGCCUGAGCGCUGGCUGCGGCCAGGAAACCUGCGCAGGGUUGACAAUUUCGGGUCCAUCCCCUUCGGCUACGGGGCUCGAAGCUGCAUCGGGCGGAGGAUUGCAGAAUUGGAGAUCCACCUCCUUGUGAUUCAGUUGCUUCAACGUUUUGAGAUCAAAAUAUCUCCAUGGACUAAAACUGUUCAUGCAAAAACCCAUGGGCUUCUGAUGCCAGGGGAGCCCAUCCACGUGCGUUUUGUUAACAGAAAGUGAGCCUGGCGUUUUCACCCAGCUGCCAGACCGACACACACCAGGUGUUCAUGGGCCACAGAUGAUGGUGGGGGAGAAAAGGAUCCCUUCUGGAGGCUGUCUUGGUUAUAAAUUGGCCUCCCGGUUUCUGGGAGACUUUGAAAUCUUUAUGCAAAGUAAUGUGAGAAGAUUGCUUUACUUUUGCAUACCAGAGUUGCCUUUUCUUUUUUUUUUUUGGAGAAACAGCUGUUGCGAAGCCAGUGGCACUGAAUUCUCAUGCCUCAUAUGGUGUCUUACCCUUGGACUCACUAUUCACUUACCCAUAGUCUCCUCUGCAUUUGGGCCAGGAAAUGUUGGCAUACAUAUAGAUUCAGUGCUUGAAUAUACCUUCUCUAAUACUGCAUCCGGGACUGCCUGUUAGGAUACAAUUCCAACUUCUUGUUUUUAAUUUGAAGAGGAAACAUUAAGAGACCUCUGUAGAACAGACCUGUGGUGGCCAGGGGGGAGGGGAGGUGAGGGAGGGAAGGAUUGGGAGUUCGGAAUUAGCUCUAUAGCACAGGGAACUAUAUUCAAUAUCCU